CAAAUCAACUCCAACAAACAUUUAACAUUUUAUCAAGUUUUGAUCUAAAUCCGUUCGUCUGUUCGCGGUUUGCUGCUUUGAUUUGUUUCAAAUUAAAAUCUUUAAAAACUAAAACGGGUCACGCGCCUUAAGCUGUGCAUUUACCACCAUCGUCCACACGGUGGAGCCCUCACACCUCUGAGGCAGCAGCUCCUUCCAUCCAGCAGGUGAGCGGACUGCGCCUGCGCGCGCCGCUGGCCGUGAUCAAGAGUUUGUUUGAAUCAACAGCUGAGAGACAAGAGGCUGGACUGACCGGCAGUAACCUUUACCUGUCAGCAGGUGAGUUCAUUGGAGGACGGUGGGCGUGUCUGAGGACUUUCCCACUUUCUGCACCUUUUCUAUCACGUAAAGAAUCUUCAGCAGGAGCAGCUCGCGCCUCCUGACCCCCCCUGAACUCCACGCUGCCCCCUGCCUGACCCCCCAGGUUUAAGGAGUCUGUUGGUCGAGCAUGAGUUCCAUCAGCCGCGCCCUCCAGACCGCGCGCGGGGCGCGAGCGCAGCGGGAAAAAGGAUGAAGCACUUUCAUCCUGGAGGCGGGGCCGCGUCCGUCGCGCGCAAAAACUCCCCCAACAAUGAGGGAGGGGGCAGUCUGAGCUUCCAGGUGCAGCAGCAGCUCCGUCCGUCCGCGCGCCCCUGCGCCAGCACGGACACGCACGCGGCUCCCACGCCCACCAGAGCGCAGAGUCAGAGGCGGCCGGGACGGGACGGGACCGGGACCGGGGCCAGUCGGUAUGCUAUGCAACAAGAACGGAGACUGUCGACGGGAUCCGGCCACUUCGGGGAGCCUGUCGUCGCUCAUCUCCCGGCAGGAGGGGCCGCCGGAUGGGGCCGUAACGGGAGAGGACGGCGGGGGUCCGGCCGCCGGUAUGGACGGCCCCGUCACCUCAGCGGGGCCCCCAGCGCGGGGCCCGGGGCCGGAGGUCAAGAGCGCAGCGGCCACGGAGAGGAAAGACCCCAGAGUUUCCUUCUCCAGCCCCCCCGCCGGGAAAGGGCAGAGCGCGCGGCCCUCCGUGACCUUCUCCAAGGCGGAGGACGGCUCCGCGGUCGGCCCGGAGGACGGAGAGUCCCGGGGGAACCAGACGUACAUGCAGCGGCAGUUCAGCUCCAUGCUGCAGCCCGGGGUCAACAAAUUCUCUCUGCGCAUGUUCGGUAGCCAGAAGGCGGUGGAGAAGGAGCAGGAGCGCGUAAAGUCCGCGGGAAACUGGAUCAUCCAUCCGUACAGCGACUUCAGGUUUUAUUGGGACUUCACCAUGCUGAUGUUCAUGGUGGGGAACCUGAUCAUCAUUCCCGUGGGCAUCACCUUCUUCAAGGACGAGACCUCCACGCCCUGGAUCAUCUUCAACGUGGUCUCCGACACCUUCUUCCUCAUGGAUCUGGUGCUCAACUUCAGGACCGGGAUCGUGUUCGAGGACAACACGGAGAUCAUCCUGGACCCCGAGAAGAUCAAGAGGAAGUACCUGAAGAGCUGGUUUGUGGUGGACUUUGUGUCUUCCAUCCCUGUGGAUUACAUCUUCCUGAUCGUGGAGAAGGGGAUCGACUCGGAGGUGUACAAGACGGCUCGGGCGCUCCGGAUCGUCCGCUUCACCAAAAUCCUCAGUCUGCUGCGGCUGCUGCGGCUGUCCAGACUCAUCCGAUACAUCCACCAGUGGGAGGAGAUCUUCCACAUGACCUAUGACCUGGCCAGCGCUGUGGUGCGGAUCUUCAACCUGAUCGGGAUGAUGCUGCUCUUGUGCCACUGGGACGGCUGCCUCCAGUUCCUGGUUCCCAUGCUGCAGGACUUCCCUCCCGACUGCUGGGUUUCCCUCAACAGCAUGGUGAACGACACCUGGAGCGAGCUCUACUCCUUCGCGCUCUUCAAGGCCAUGAGUCACAUGCUGUGCAUCGGCUACGGCCGGCAGGCCCCGGAGAGCAUGUCCGACAUCUGGCUGACCAUGCUGAGCAUGAUCAUCGGAGCCACCUGCUACGCCAUGUUCAUCGGCCACGCCACGGCGCUCAUCCAGUCGCUGGACUCCUCCAGACGGCAGUACCAGGAGAAGUAUAAGCAGGUGGAGCAGUACAUGUCCUUCCACAAACUACCCGCCGACUUCCGGCAGAAAAUCCACGACUACUACGAGCACCGAUACCAGGGCAAGAUGUUUGAUGAGGAGAGCAUCCUGGAGGAGCUGAACGAGCCUCUGCGGGAGGAAAUCAUCAACUUUAACUGCCGUAAGCUGGUGGCCUCCAUGCCGCUGUUCGCCAACGCCGACCCCAACUUCGUGACGGCCAUGCUGACCAAACUGCGGUUUGAAGUCUUCCAGCCCGGAGACUACAUCAUCAGGGAGGGCACCAUCGGCAAGAAGAUGUACUUCAUCCAGCACGGCGUGGUGAGCAUCCUGACCAAGGGGAACAUCAGCAUGAAGCUGAUGGACGGAUCCUACUUCGGAGAGAUCUGCCUGCUGACCCGCGGCCGGCGGACCGCCAGCGUGCGAGCGGACACCUACUGCCGCCUCUACUCUCUGUCUGUGGACAACUUCAACGAGGUUCUGGAGGAGUACCCCAUGAUGAGGCGGGCCUUCGAGACGGUCGCCAUCGACAGGCUGGACCGGAUCGGUAAAAAGAAUUCCAUUCUGAUGCACAAAGUUCAGCACGACCUGAACUCCGGCGUUUUCAACAACCGAGAAAACGAGAUGAUCCAGGAGAUCGUCAAAUACGACCGGGAGAUGGUCCAGCAGGCCACGCCCCCUCUGCCCGCUGGGGUCUUUGCUCCGCCUCCUGCUCAGCCCCGGGAUUCAGCCGUGGCCACGCUGCAGCAGGCCGUCGCCAUGAACUUCUGCCCCCCCAUGCCCCCCGGGGGGGCGCUGCAGUCCCCCCGGAGGGUGCGCAGACUCCAGGCGGUGCAGGGCGUGUCCAGCCCCGCCUCCGCGUCCCCUCUGCAGUCCCAAAUCCUCGCCUCUGGUGCCUUUGCCCCCGUGCUGGCCAGCCCCCCCAUCCGGAGCCCUCUGGCGGCGGGGGGCCGCUCGUUCCAGUACGGCUCCGGUCACAUGUCGGGCUCCCAGCUGUCCCUGGGCCAGCAGCACCUCUCCAGCCCGCCACACCGGCCCGGCGCCCGCUCUCUGCAAACGGGCCCCCUGAACCAGGACGGGAGGGCCCUCUCCGCCUCCCAGCCCUCCCUGCCCCAUGUGGGGCCUCAGCCAGGGGCCCCCAGUCCCCCUCAGUCCACCCACGUGUCCUCCACCUCUAUCGGACCCCCCCAGCACGCCGCCGCUCAGUCCGGUCUUCAGAGCUCUCUACCGCCCCCCCACCAGGCGUCAGCGGGGGCUUUUCCUGGACUCUCUCUGCCCGCUUCUUUCCACGGCUUCACAACAGCGGGGGGCGCCGACACAGGUCCGGGGGGCGCCGACACAGGUCCAGGGGGCGCCGACACAGGUCCAGGGGGCGCCGACACAGGUCCGGGGGGCGCCGACACAGGUCCGGGGGGCUCAGGACCCCCCAGGAAAGACUCUGAGCCUCGUGAGCGGGACCACGUCAAAGUGAGAACCAGACUCUCCUCGAACCUGUGAACUUUUGAAGGAGAGCUUCC